UUCUUAUUAGCACACAUUUUCAACAUUUCGAUUAAAACUAAGCCAAAGAAAUAUGGGGGAUCCCACUCGGGAGAAAAUUAAUUAUGAAAUUUUAGUGGAAAUUGCCGAGGGUGCCUACGGAAAAGUGUACAAAGCGAGGGAACUCGGUGAGAAACAGCGCCUCGUAGCGGUGAAGAGAUUAAAAAUCAGCGGAGAACCGGAAGCAGGCAUUCCUCAAUACAUGAUCCGCGAGGUGGCGCUGUUGAAAAAAAUCGAACAUUUCAACCACCCGAAUGUAGUGAAGUUGUUAGAUGUGUCAGCUAAUCUGAGGAAACCAGGCUUGGACCUGACGCUGGUGUUUGAGUACAUCGAUCAGGAUCUGUCCUCUUUUCUCAGCACAGUGCCUGUGCAUGGUCUGGGCAAAGACAAAAUAAAGGACGUGAUGCGGCAGCUGCUCAAAGGGCUUGACUUCCUCCACACUAACACCGUCGUGCACCGUGACCUGAAGCCCUGUAACGUGUUACUGAGCAGUCGCGGCGAGUUGAAAAUUGCAGAUUUCGGCUUGGCGAGGAUCUACACUAACUUUAUCGCCCUGACACCUUGCGUUGUGACUCUGUGGUACAGGGCUCCUGAGGUGUUGCUCCAUUCAGGCUACAUGUCCUCAGUGGAUAUCUGGAGCGCCGGGUGCAUCUUUGCAGAGCUCUUUCUGUUAAAACCUUUGUUCCAGGGAUACACAGAGGUCCAGCAGCUUCAGAAGAUCUUUGAGCUGAUUGAAUUACCUGAUAAAGAGGACUGGCCUAAAGAAAGCCCCAUCCGGUAUAAUCAAGCCUGGGCUAGACGAGACGCCACCACACAGCUUCUGCCGAGCUUGACUACAGAGGAGAACAACUUGCUCAGCCAAUUCCUGGCCUUCAAUUUAACUCGGCGCAUUUCUGCUUAUAGAGCUUUAGCCCAUCCCUUCUUAGCUGGUUCUUAACCUUUAAACACAAUCGAGAGAAGCUGAGAGACAUAUGAAGAAACAGUAAAAGAGAGAGAGGGCCCUGACGGAGGCAAUUGGAUUUGACUUGAGCCACCACUAACCACCUACCCAGAAGGUCAAACAAUGGAUAACACACUUGGUUAGGGGUGAGCGGUUAUAGAGAAAGAAAUCAAAGUUAAGGUGUUGUGAUAUGUACGUCAAGUGGUGUAAUUGUUCCCAGUUGUGGUGUAUGGUGUCUCAAAUUCCUCUGCUGCAAUUUGUCAAUCAUUUUUGAUUUAUUACA